AUGCAGAGCAAAAUCGAUAGAAGGAAAAGACAAGCUAGAUUGGAAUCUUUCUCUGCUGUGGCCACUGUAAACUCAGAGGGUUCAAACCCUGCUGCAAAUAUCUCUAUUCAGUCUAAUCCUCAACAAGAUAAGAGAGGAUAUGAUCAUCAAAGUGGCAGAGGAAGAACACAAAGCCAGAGACAGAUUGCAAACUUUCAGAUUCAAACCCGCCUCCUUUCCUUUGUCCACCAAUCACUGCUCCGUCUCUCACCUGCUCCUCCGCCUGAAAUCGCUCUAAAUCUAGCUGGGAGGACAAACCUCAAAGGUAGAAAGCCCGAGACAGCCUAG